AUGGAACACUACGAUCUUAUCGUGAUCGGCAGCGGGCCGGCGGGCCGUCGGGCUGCGAUCCAGGCAGCAAAAUUCGGGCGCGACGUACUCGUGGUGGAACGGGGCCGCAGGGUCGGUGGUGUCUCGGUUCACACCGGAACAAUCCCCUCAAAAACACUGCGAGAGACUGUUCUGAAUCUGACGGGAUGGCGCGAGCGCGGAUUUUACGGAAGCUCCUAUCGUGUCAAGCAGGACCUGACCGCCGCCGAUCUCAGGGCGCGGCUCCACAUCACGCUCAACCACGAAGUGGAUGUGCUUGAGCAUCAGUUCUCCCGCAACAAGGUCGACACGGUCCGGGGUGAGGCACGCUUUGUCGAGAGCCACAUGAUCGAGGUGGAAGGCGAUGCCGGGGAGAUCCUGAAAUACAGCGCGGACAAAUUUGUCAUCGCCGUCGGGACAAACCCCUUUCGUCCCGGCUAUGUUCCCUUCGACGGGAAAUUCGUGCUCGACAGCGAUGAGAUUCUCGAUCUGGGCGAGAUCCCACGCUCGAUCGCCGUUAUCGGGGCAGGGGUUAUCGGCGUGGAAUAUGCCUCCAUCUUCUCCGCUCUCGACGUUCACGUGACACUCAUCGAACCCCGGGAAACGAUGCUGGAUUUUCUGGACAAGGAACUUGUCGCCGAUUUCACCCAUCAAUUGCGGGAUCGCGGAAUCGCCAUGCGCUUCGGAGCCAAGGUUGAAGCAAUUGAAAAGCAUGGUUCUGCGGAUUGCGAGAUCAAGCUGGAAGGGGGGCGGAGUGUUCGCUCCAACGUCAUCCUGUUUGCCGCCGGCCGCAUGGGCGCGACACCGUCUCUCAAUCUGGACAGUUGCGGUUUGUCGGUUGACCACCGUGGCCGCCUCGAAGUCGAUCCCGAAACGUUUCAGACGGAAGUCUCACAUAUCUUUGCCGCCGGCGAUGUGAUUGGUUUUCCGAGCCUCGCCUCGACAUCGAUGGAGCAGGGGCGUAUCGCUUCGUGCCAUGCGCUUGGCGAAGCGGCCCACGAUCCACCCGAGUAUUUUCCUUACGGGAUCUACGCGGUUCCUGAAAUCUCGACCGUCGGCAUGACGGAAGAGGAAAUCAAGGAACGCGGAAUUCCCUAUGAGUGCGGUGUUGCAAGGUUUCGCGAAACGUCACGCGGGCACAUCAUGGGCCUUGAUACGGGUAUGCUCAAGAUGAUCUUUUCCCUGAAGACCAGGCGGCUACUUGGCUGCCAUAUUGUCGGAGAAGGGGCAACCGAACUGGUUCAUAUCGGUCAGGCAGUCCUGAACCUUCGCGGCACGUUGGAAUAUUUUGUCGAAAACACCUUCAACUAUCCGACACUUGCCGAAGCAUACAAGAUUGCCGCGCUCGAUGCGUGGAACCGGAUGCCGCCUUUGGAAGAUUAG